AUGGUUAUUCGUUCUUGCAGUAUUAUCAUAUUAUUGCUGAUAUUACCAUUAUUAACCUGUCACCAUGAUAAACACGAAGAUGAACCUAAUCUAAUAGGGGAGUAUUAUACUGGUUUAAAAUAUUUGUCGAUUAUACUUUUUUCACUAUUUCUGUUAUAUGGUAUUGUUGGUAAUACGUUGAUGGUAGUCGUAUUUUGCACCAGACAUGAGAAUUCUCAUUAUCAUACAUUUAUUCUUAUCGUAUCACAAUUGAUUAUUUGCAAUUUCUUAAGUUUCUCUUCACAAUUUGCCCUUGUGUUACCAGAAUUGUUACUACGAAAUAGUUUAAAUGUUCAAGAAAGAACAUGGACAAUUAAUCAUAUAUUUGCAAGUGUGAAAACAUUCGCAUUUUACUCCACGUUGCAUUUUACAUUUCUAUUGACACUAAAUCGUUUUAUAAUUUUAAUCGUACCAAAAUAUAAUAAUCUUUUCAAAUCAACAAAUUUAUAUUGGUUACUUCUCUUUGUGUGGUUAACAGUUUUCGCUACUUCAUUUACGGAUUUUUAUUUCUGCUCCAGAGCAUUUUAUGUGGAAGAUUUAUAUUGGACAUUACAUUGUUCAAAACAAUCAACUGAAAGUGGAAAAAUUUUCUUAAGUUUUUUUAACGCAUGGAGCAUAUUCUUACCUGCUGUGAUGUUUAUUAUGUAUAUUAUCAUAUUCCACAAUAUCCGUCGUAAACGCCGUAUUGCUUCAGAUAUUAUUCGCACACAACUUAAAUUAAAAAAGGAAUAUUUAGAUGUUACAUGGACGAAUGGUGAAAAUGGACAGAAAAUGACCGAAACUGUAGAUGGUGGCUAUGAACGAUCAGUGUUAAUUCAGGCUGCACUCACGUGUGGCGUAAUAGAAAUAAGAACACUUAUAAACUUUUUGCCACUUAUUGCGGCUACAAUGUUUGGUGAAAAAGCUGUUAUUCUGCUAAACAUUUUUCUUAACUGUUAUGUAAUUUUAAGUCAUGGAAUCCUUCCUACUGUAUAUUUUAUUUACAACAAACAAGCUCGUAAUAUCGUAAUAGUAUGCUGGAGUCAUACUGUUUUCCUUACUUAUGUUGUACGGUGCUUUUGGAAAUAUAAUAAUGGCAGUUGCACUCUGUUGUCGGGACAGUCCUUACAGUCAUGCAUUCAUUGUGAUCACAUCACAACUAAUCAUCUGUGA